UGAUUUUAUUCAAUAACUGUCAAGUCGAAAUAGUCAAUACAAUACACUUCAUUUCAUUGUGAUAAGGGCGACUGUAAAGCGUAUGGCUCUGCGUGAUAAUAUUUAUUAAAGUACAUAUAAGCAUAAAGUAUAGAAUAAAAUAAUGAACGAUGAAAAGCAACCGCUUCUCACGGGACCCAGCAAUUCAAUUGAUAGUAUCGAACAGCCAGUAGAAUUAGUGACAGCUCCAGUUGCAACUUCAGCUACUAGUGGCAAACCAAAAAGCGACUAUCACCCAGCCGCGGAAAGGCGGCUGGAGCAUCCGACUUCCAACUUCGAUACCUUAAUCCACCUUCUAAAAGGAAACAUAGGCACUGGCAUACUGGCUAUGCCAGAUGCUUUUAAAAAUGCUGGCCUCAUAAUUGGUGUAUUUGGUACAUUACUUAUGGGUACAAUAUGUACCCACUGCAUGCAUAUGCUGAUAAAGUGUGCACAUGAGCUAUGCAUCAGGAGUCAGAAGCCAGCUCUGGGUUUCUCAGAAGUAGUUGAAGAUUCAUUUGCACUAGGACCAAUAUCAGUGAGGCCAUAUGCUAAAACAAUGAAGAAUAUUGUCAGUGUAUUUUUGGUAAUAACACAAUUGGGAUUUUGCUGUGUAUACUUUUUAUUUGUUGCAACUAACCUUCAAGAUACAAUGCAUUUCUUUCAUAUAAAUUUAAGUGUACAUGCAUACUUGGCUUUAUUAUUCCCGCCAAUACUUGCCCUGGCUAUGGUGAAGAACUUAAAGUACCUGACACCAGUGUCUCUGGUUGCCUCUAUAAUGACUGCUUGGGGCCUUGUGAUAACAUUUUACUAUAUACUUCAAGAUUUGCCAGCUACAAAUACUGUGGAUGCAUUUUCUAGCUGGCAUCAAUUACCUUUAUAUUUUGGCACGGCUAUUUAUGCAUUUGAAGGAAUAGGAGUGAUUUUACCAUUGGAAAAUAACAUGAAAACCCCAGAAGACUUUGGUGGCUGGAAUGGUGUGCUCAAUACUGGCAUGGUGAUAGUAGCCGCAUUGUAUACAGCUAUCGGAUUUUUUGGCUAUUUGAAAUACGGCGACCAUGUACUCGGCAGUAUAACGCUCAACUUGCCCAACACUUUGUUAGCGCAAAGUGUUCGGGCAGUUAUGGCAGCUUCGAUUUUCUUAUCGUAUGGGCUACAGUUUUACGUACCGAUGAAUAUUGUUUGGCCAUAUGUCAAAUCAAAACUGACGUCAGAGCAGGCACUAAAACACGGUGAAGCAGUCACUCGGUUCGUGCUCAUUUCUAUAACGUUUUUGGCGGCUGCUCUGAUUCCCAAUUUGAGUGGAAUAAUUUCUCUUGUGGGCGCAUUCAGCAGUUCGGCUCUCGCGCUAAUCUUCCCGCCCGUCAUAGAAAUAAUGACGUUCUGGCCUGACCAACUCGGACGGUACCAGUGGAUGCUAUAUAAAGAUAUAUUCAUCAUCUUCUUCGGUUUUACAGGAUUCGUAUUCGGCACUUUCAUCAAUGUAAAAAAUAUAUUUUUCUAAAAGAAAUUAAAAUUCAGUACCUACUUGACAAAAAAUAAUAUAAACCAAAGAGUUUUGUAAUAUUGUAUGUUGUUUUAUAUGAUAAUCAUGACAAUAAUUGUGUGUAGUAAAUGUUUAAAAUAUUUUGCUGUAUGAAAAUAUAAACUUAGCUUUAGGUGUUGAUUUAUUGACAAGCUCAGCUUAUUUUUAAACGUUUAUUUUAUAUUGGACCUUUUUAGUAUUGAUCAUUGUAGUAUCCUUUUUAGUAUCAGAAAUAUUGAAAUGGGUAUUAUUUUAAACUUUUGAUAGAGAUGACAUGGGCUUGUACUCAUGCAUAGAUAUAUUGUUACCUAUUAUGUGUACAUUAGCUCUAAUUUUUGUAUACGUAUGAUACGUAUAUAAUACCUAAUAUACCUACUGAUAUCAGCAUACCAAAAUAUUAUAAUAUUAGUAAUUUACAUUCCACUGUUACUUUCGGACAGUAUAAAUAAACCUUUGUUUUAUGUUUUGGUAUGUGUAUAAUGUGAUCUUAGUACCUUCCUAUUUUUUUUAUUUAAUUAUUAAAUUAUUUUUGUUAGAUUAUUCAAAUCCUUGUUUAGUUGAAUUAGUAAUAAAAUCUAUUUAGAGCACCUAAGCAAAGAAAUAAGAUAAAGAAUAUAAAAAUAUGUACAGUAUCGAAUAUUUUUGAUCUUAAAUGUUUAAAACUAUAGUUAAUAUAUUGAACGCAUUUAUAAAUGGUGCUUGUGUAUUCAAUGUAUUUGGUGUUAUCAAUGUAUGCUCAUAGGUUAAAUGAAUUUGUUGCUUAAAAAUCCAGUUGGUGUAUGUCAUUUUGAAAAAAAAAAGCAUUUUGAGACCAGAAAAAUGUUUUAUGUGAUAAGGACGCGCAGACGGAGCAGAUAAAUGUUUAUGUUAUAAUAACCAGAAGCAGAUUGAUAAAUUGUUCUUAGUAGCGAGUCGCAAGUGCAAUGUACCUAAAUACAAUGUUGUAAAUAACAAAUGCUAUGUAGUUUAAUACGUCGUAACUAGAAAGAAAAUAAUU